AUGGACCAUAAAGAAGAAAUGCAAAAGCUAAUAUCGGAGCUCCCCGAUAUUAUCAAGAGUGCCAAGUAUGAUGAAUUUUAUGGAUAUCAAUUGGACCCCAAGGGUGAAUUCUAUGAUUCCAAGAUAGUUGAACAUUUGAUUCACAAGCUUCUAAAGGCGUACGGAUUUAAUCUUACAGAGACGAAAAAGCAUCUUUUGGAUAUUUUGCGGUGGAGAAAGCAAUUCGAUCCAAUUAGCGCUGCUUUUAUAGAAAAGCACGAUCCGAAAUUUAACAAGAUCGGAGCGUUGUCAUUAAAUAAGGAUGGAGGUUCAUGCGAGAAAGUGAUAACCUGGAACUUUUAUGGAACAAUAAAAGAUUCAAACGAGGUUUUUGGCCAUGUUAACGAGUUUAUUAGAUGGAGGGUUGGAUUGAUGGAGCAGGCAUUACAAUUACUCAAGUUUGAUGAUCCUACUAACAAUUAUAUGGUGCAAGCAUCCACGAGCAUUAUCAAACUUUUUGGCGAUUACUACCCAGAGGUUUUGUCGAAGAAAUACUUUGUGAACGUUCCAUUUUUGAUGUCUUUCUUAUUUAAUGCCUUCAAGUCAUUUGUAGCUGAAGAAACCAGAAAGAAGUUAACCAUGAUGACAGAUGGUUCUCAGCUUAACGAUUAUCUGGAAGGUUCUGGUAUACCCGCGAUUUAUGGAAAUAAGGGGGGCAAGUCUCUAGACGAUAUUAAAAUUGUGUUUGACCGCUCAAAAUACAAGCUUCCGGAGUAUGUUGCCUAUCUUGUUGAAGAAAAGCUAUCAAACACUGUGGAUUGA